AUGUCUCAGGCUUUUGGUAUAUCAAUACAAAGAAAAUCACAUCUUGUUCAUAGACCAUCUUUAUGGAUAUUGGGGUUCUUAAUUUAUACCAUUUCGAAUCUAAUUGGAUCAACAUUUACCAUUGGUUAUUUACCUAUCGUUAUAUUAGCACCUAUAGGAGCUAUUGGCUUAGUAUUCAAUGCUAUCUUUGCUAAAUGGAUAUUAGGUGAUUCAUUUACAAAGAAGACUUUAUCGGGUACAGGAUUAAUUGUUGUAGGAGCAGGAUUCAUAGCUGGAUUUGGAACAAUAUCAGAACCAAAUCAUUCAUUAAAAGAUUUAAUUACACUUUAUAAAAGACCUUCUUUUAUUAUCUACUUUUCAUUGCUAGAAAUAAGUAUUUGUAUUGGCUUGAUUUGUACACAUGUUAUGGAAUAUUUAAUGAAGAAAAGAAACUAUCAACAAGGUCCAGCAGAAAAGAUGUGGCUUGGAAUAAGUUAUGGUUUAUUAGGGGCUAAUAUUAGUAGUCAAGCUAUGUUAUUUGCUAAAAGUGGAUUAGAAUUGUUAUUAUUGACUAUUUUUCAUCAUGAAAAUCAAUUUAUUUAUCCUUUGACUUGGUUUAUUGUCUUUGCAUUAAUCGUGACAGCUUUAUUACAGCUAUAUUACUUGAAUAAAGGCGUUCAACUGUGUGAUACGAUGAUAUUGGUGCCCUUGAACUUUUGUUCAUUCAACAUAUCAUGUUUGUUUAAUGGAUUAGUUUAUUAUAAUCAAUGGGAUAAAUUAUGUUGGUGGCAAGUGAUGAUUGUUCUGUUGGGUAUUAUGUUGCUUGUCUAUGGUGUCUUGAUGAUUUCUAAUAUAAAUCAAUAUUCUUUGCUGGUUAUUAAAGAAGAUAGCAAGCCAUUAUUAUCAUUAAAUAAGAAAGGUGUAUCUUAUACUGUAAAUAAUGAUGAAGAAGAACAAUGA